GUUAUUCUACUGUUUGGAACAAUGUCGGUUAGUCGGGGGGUGGCUACAUCCGUAAUGAGAUGGGCGUGCGGCUCAUAUAAAAGGACGAAGAUGCAUCCGAUGAUGCAUACCGAGUACAGUGUUGCAACACUACGACAUGAAGCUCCUAGUAACGGUGGUCAGUCUGUUGGUGGCGCUUGCAGUAGUGUCCGCCGGGCACGUUAAGAGGGGAUGGGGCUCCCCGGUUGUGGCCUACGGGGGCGGCGGGGGUGGCGGCUGGGGCGGCUCGGGCUGGGGCGGACGGCAGUCUGGAUGGAACGGUGGUGGCGGUGGCUGGAGUAAUGGCUACGGAUGGAACUCUGGUGGCUCCGGAUGGGGUGGCAGAUCUGGAUGGGGUGGCGGUUCUGGCUGGCAAGGCGGAUCCGGAUGGCAAGGACGGUCUGGAUGGGGUGGUGGCUCAGGAUGGCAAGGAGGAUCCGGAUGGAGCGGCGGAUCCGGCUGGAAUGGAGGUUCCGGAUGGGGAGGCUCCGGCUGGAAAGGAAAAUCUGGAUGGGGAGGAUGGUAAUAAGGAAUACAGAGCAAAUUGAGCCAACCAGAGUACAGAGUCUAUUUUAAUGUCAUAAGAUUACAUGAAGCUUUUUAAUCGAAUUUAUACAUUUUGUGAAAUAAAUUGUUAUAAAAACUAAA